AUGAGAUUGACGAGGGGAAAAUGUGGUUCGAGACCAAGGCCUUCUCUCCUCUCGCUUCCUCCUCCUCAGGGCCUUCCAGCCCCCCUCCCCCCUCGCUUCCUUCUCCUAAGGGCCAUCCAGCCCUCCUCUCCCCUCGUUUCCUCCUCCUCAGGGCAUUCCCGCCCUCCUCCCCACUCGCUUCCUCCUCCUCAGGGCCUUCCAGCCCCCCUCCCCCCUCGCUUCCUCCUCCUCAGGGCCUUCCACCCCUCCUCCCCCCUCGCUUCCUCCUCUUCAGGGCCUUCCAGCCCACCUCCCUCCUCGCUUCCUCCUCCUAAGGGCAUUCCCGCCCUCCUCCCCCCUCGCUUCCUCCUCCUUAGGGCCUUCCAGCCCUCCUCCCUCUUCGCUUCCUCCUCCUUAGAGCAUUCCAGCCCUCCUCCCCCCUCGCUUCCUCCUCCUCAGGGCCUCCCAGCCCUCCUCCCUCCUCGCUUCCUCCUCCUAAGGGCAUUCCCGCCCUCCUCCCCCCUCGCUUCCUCCUCCUCAGGGCAUUCCAGCCCUCCUCCCCCUCGCUUCCUCCUCCUCAGGGCCUUCCUCCCUCGGCUGGGGUGCCGCAUCAUCCGCCGCAGCCCCUCCUUCGGCUGGCGUGCCGCAUCAUCCGCCGCAGCCCCUCCUUCGGCUGGCGUGCCGCAUCAUCAGCAGCAGCCCCUCCCUCAUCUGCAGCAGCCCCCCCCUCUGGCUGGCGUGCGACGUCAUCGCCGCGGCACCUUCGGCUGGCUUGCCUCCUCACCUGCAGCAGCCCCCGCUCCUGGCUGGCGUGCGACGUCAUCGCCGCGGCACCUUCGGCUGGCUUGCCUCCUCACCUGCAGCAGCCCCCGCUCCUGGCUGGUGUGCGACGUCAUCGUCGCGGCACCUUCGGCUGGCUUGCCUCCUCACCUGCAGCAGCCCCCGCUCCUGGCUGGCGUGCGACGUCAUCGCCGCGGCACCUUCGGCUGGCUUGCCUCCUCACCUGCAGCAGCCCCCGCUCCUGGCUGGAGUGCGACGUCAUCGCCGCGGCACCUUCGGCUGGCUUGCCUCCUCACCUGCAGCAGCCCCCGCUCCUGGCUGGCGUGCGACGUCAUCGCCGCGGCACCUUCGGCUGGCUUGCCUCCUCACCUGCAGCAAGCGCCCCCCCCCCUCCCCCCCCCCCUCCCCCCCAUCUCCCGGCUUGAAGAUUCAGGGGUUGUCUUAGAUUAUAGCAUCAGUUGGGUUGUAAAUGUGCAAGUGUAA